CAACCUAUUGGAUAGAAAAGAAGAGGGCGGAGGAAUCAUAUGAAGCAUUGAAGCAUGCUUUAUAUUACAAUUCUUCUAGUAAGUCUUAAGUUUUCAGGUUAAUAUUUAAUGUCAAGGAUGGUGAGAUGCUAUUUAAAGACAAGGGAUUAAAUGAUUGGAACAGCACUAGAGUGGCCCUGCUAAUUACCCAAGGCCUUCACAUCUCUGAUUUGAGGAUUCAUUUUCUGAAUUGGUUUGCCCUGUAUGCGAAUACAAGACUACUUUGGAUUCCAAUUCCUCAGAAUAAUGAUGCAUCAUGGACUACUGAGGAUGAGCAACGUUUCGCAAAAUUGAAAAGAAGGAUGCGAAACUUGUACUGGUUGGACAAUCUGCAAAAAAUGAUUUCACCACAGUUUAUUAGAUUUGUUAAAGAGCAACUCUUUCCAGACUUUCAGAUGGGAGGGGAGCCAAUCAUUGUUUCAUUAGAUCAGCAAGGAAGAAUUGUUCAUCGAAAUAUAAUGCACAUGAUACAUGUAUGGGCUUAUAAGUAUAUUGAAGAAAAUACAUUAGGAGUUCAAGGAAUAUAUAAUAUAACUGCUUUGGUAAAAAAAGAGUUGAAGAAAGAAACUUCGAACAUCAAUGAUGUGAUACCUGAAAUCAAUGAUAUGGUAAGUGUUUUGGUUGGUGACAUUGACAGCAAGAUAGUUGCUUGGGCCCACAAUAUUGAAAAGAGGAUACAAAAUUUGAUAGAACAAUCCACUCCGUAUAACAACGAAAGGGAAAAAUUCCUGUGGCAACAAGAACCAAAUUACAGUCUCGACCUUGUUGUAGGAACAUGGAGCCGCAAUGUGUAUCUUCAUUAUGAGAUACAGAAAUGGUUUGACACGAAAAAUUAUAUAUUUUUAUACGGAGGAAACCACAUUACUUGGAUUCGAGAAUUCACUUCUAGGGUACAUCAACUUGGUUCCAAAAUCCAAUUGAAGGUAGAGUUGGCCUAUGUUGGUAAAAACACGAUGAUAAGAUCAGUCAUUGAAAAAGAAAAAAUGAGUCACUCUGCAUUAUACGACUCCUACUUAGUAGGGUGGUUUUGGACUCGUCUUCAAAGCAUGUUUUUGUCAAGAAUCUAUUAUUUGGAUUCGAUUAAUCGCUUUGAUGAAGAGUGCAAUGAUGAAAUUUUGCAAGGACUCAAGAAAUUGUUGGCCUAUGAAGGUAAGAAUACAAGAAUUGAAGGGUGGGCACUUCUAAGCAAAGGGAAGAAGGUGGUUGUAUGUGGGCAUGGAGUUAAAAUACUGCAAGUUAUAAAUGAGUACGAGAUUUGGAAGGAAAACAUAGCCACCAAAGGUUUUGAUGAGGUUUUCAAAGACCACCAUGAGAUGCUUAUUUCUGCUUCUUCGUUAAAAAGUCAUUCUUGUUGUGCUCUUGAAUAUUCAAAUACCUUGAACAAAAUUUCAGAGAAUGAAAAAUGUCCCGAGUGUUCUUACUCGAUGCAUAAAUUUGUUACCUUUACAUGUUGUCAUGGUCAUGACAUUGACUUAGACGAAGAGUGCUAUCACUAGAUGGUGUGUUUGAAUUGGUUUCUAAUUUUCAUGUGUGUAAUUAUAUUAGUCAUUUCCAUUAUAUUAUAUAUAUGUUUAUGUUU